UCUGAUCCGAGGAAGAUGGCGGUGCGGAUGAUACGGAAGGUGCUGGCGGUUCAUCUUGAGUCUGACGCUUUCCUGGUUUGUCUCAAUCACGCCCUGAGCACAGAGAAAGAGGAGGUGAUGGGUCUGUGUAUUGGGGAGUUGAGUGAUGACGCGAGGAGUGACUCCAAAUUUAUACACGCGGAAACUGAGGCGCACGCAGUUGCAGAAAAGAUGGAUGCCACCGGAAUUGUUCACAUCCAUUCCGUCAUUAUCUUGCAACGUUCUGACAAGACAAAGGACCGAGUCGAGAUUUCUCCAGAGCAACUGUCUGCAGCCUCAAUCGAGGCAGAAAGGUCAGCUGAACAAACAGGUCGUCCCCUGAGAAUUGUGGGCUGGUACCAUUCCCACCCUCAUAUCACCGUUUGGCCUUCCCAUAUCGAUGUCCAUACACAAGCCAUGUACCAGAUGAUGGAUCAAGGCUUCGUAGGACUGAUCUUUGCUUGUUUCAUAGAAGACAAAACCACAAAGACUGGUCGGGUUCUCUACACUUGCUUCCAAUCUGUACAAGACCCAAAGAGCUUAGGAUAUGAGAGAAUUGAAAUCCCAAUUCAUAUUGUACCUCAUACCACCAUUGGCAAAGCGUGCCUCACCUCAGCAGUAGAGCUGCCGAGGAUCCUGUGUCAGGAGGAACAAGAUGAAUAUAGGAGGAUUCACAAACUUACACAUCUGGAUUCCUUAACCAAGAUCCAUAAUGGCUCGGUGUUCACCAAGCAUUUGUGCACUCAGAUAUCCACAGUCUGUGGACCCCUGCUGCAGUGGUUGGAGAACAGAUUAGAACAAAACCAGCAGCAUUUGCAGGAGUUGGAACAAGAAAAGGAAAGCCUUAUGGAGGAGCUGUCUUCCCUAGAUUAAAGCAGGAGGACAGAAACGGGCAGAUGAAAAUACUUGGCAUACAAUUUAUAAACUAAAUUAAUUUUGAAGAAGAUAAAGUUGGAGGACUCGCAUUAUGUAACUUCAAGACUUCGUAUAAAGCUACAGUAGUGAAGGUACUAUGAUAUUCACAGAAGACUAGACAUAUAAAUCAAAGGAACAGAAAAGAAAAUCCAGAAAUAAACCCACGAUUAUAUGGCUCACUAAUUUUGACAAAGUAUAAAAGUGAUUCAAGGAAGAAAGGGCAUUCAUUUUAGUAAAUUGAACUUACACAGACCAACAAAAUAAAUUCCAGCUGUACCUCACAAAUAUUUCAUGGAUUUAAUGUAAGACAGAAAACCUUUUAGAAAAAUAUAUGAGAAAAAUCUUCAGGAGGCAAGUUUUUAAACUUCAGCUCACAAAGACAAUCCCAAAGAAAACAAAGUAGAUAUAUUGGAUUUUGCCAAAGCUAAAAUUUUAUUUUGUAAGGAAAGAAAAAGGAGAAUAAGAAGAUAGGAAAUUACUUGCAACCCUUGUAGUAUCUGAUAUCUGAUAAAUAUGGAAAAAUAAAGUAUGAUCAAAACUCAAAAAUAAACAACCCAAGUAGGAAAUAAAAAGAAAUAGACAUUUUCACCAAAGAAGAAAUAUAGAUGGCAGUGGAUGUUAUAAAAAUAUGUUGAACUUCAUAAGUCAUUGAGGAAUGCAAAUUAAAACCAAAGUAUGGUGUGACAUAUACUUAACAGGAGUGCUAAAGAGAUAAUA